UCGACCCUUUCACUUCCUCCUUGACCUCUCCUUCCUCCUUCCUCCCCUUCCUUCGCUCCAUAUUCUCUCGCCGUUGUCCCUUUGCUUCUUCUUUUUCUCCUCCUCUUCUCCCCACCUUCUGCUUCUGCCCGUGCGAUUCAGUCAUGGAUCCUCAUCAUGUCCGAUACUAAGUCGCGCCCGUUGGCUCCGGCCCCUCCUGGUGCCAAUGCUGCUCUCGACAACCACCAGCGCAGAAAGAAUGUUGGUACUGCUUGUGCCGCCUGCAAAGCGCGGAAACUAAAGUGUACCGGAUCCGUACCCUGUGCCAGCUGCGUCAAAAGCAAUGUCGAAUGCACUCUCGACAAAAGCGCCGACAAGCGCCGCCGGGGCGCUCUUAAACGCAAAAUCGAUGAAUUGGCCGACAAGGAGGAGUUGCUGGUCCGCCUCGUGGGUGCUAUUCGCGAAAGUGGCAAUGGCUAUGUCAUGCCCCUCAUCGACCUCAUCCGUACCGAUCCCACUCUCGACGAAAUCCGCCAGCACAUUCACCUCCAUAUCCCGCAGUCGGAAUUGGAGUUGACGCCCGACUUGGCUCAACUGAGUCGCGAAGUCCAACAUCUUCAAUCCUCCGACCGCUCGCGGCCUAUGCGCCGCAUGCUCGAAGCCAAACGUGCCGCCGACUCGCCACGGUACCUCGUACCGGCGCAUCCUUGGACCGUUGUUGUACCCGACUCCCAUUUUGUUUCACACCUCAUAUCGCUCUGGUUUACCUGGUCGCAUCCCUUCCGCAACUGGAUCGAUCGGGAUUUGUUCUUGCGGGAGAUGCAGACUGGCAAGCGGUCAGGGCGGUUCUGUUCUCCGUUUUUGGUCAACAGUAUCCUCGCCGACGCAUGUGCCUACUCGGACUAUCCGGACGCGUUCACCAUCCCCGGCGAUGCCGCCUCCAAGGGCGUCCAUUUCUACGAGGAAGCGAAACGAUUACUCGACCAGGAAGCCGGGCGGAUCACGUUGCCGACCGUGCAGGGCUUGGGGAUUUUAUGGUCGUGUGCUGCUCGGACCGGUCGCGACCGGCAGGGCUGGAUCUAUCGCAACCAGCUUGCCUACGCACUGCAAGAACUCUUGCAGGAGAGCUCCACCCUCGCCACUAAUCCCGACCUGGAUACCUUGCGGAUGGUUCAUGGGCUGAAUCGGACCGUCUGGGGUUUAUUCAACGUCGCCACGAUCCAUGCCCUGACCGACCGGAGCCGCCCGUCGAUACCCUUACCCGACCGCCACCGGCUCCCACUAUUGCGCCAUGAGGGCGGCCCAGAUGACAUAUGGCAGCCCUAUCCACGCCCGGUCGCUGGCAUCCCUGGUCACGUGGACUGUCUAUUCAUCGCUCUCUCGAACUUGACUCCCAUCGCCUACGAGGUGACUCGAUUAUUCGAGCUUCCGCCAUGCGCCGAUCUUGCCGCGCGGGUAACUGUUCUGCAUGAACACCUCCAACAUUGCGCAGACCACUGGCCUGCAUGCUUGAAAGGCACGCGACUCGAAGCGCCUCAUAUCCUGUGUCUGCACAUGUAUUACCACCUGAUUGUCCUGACGCUGUAUGGAGUGGUUCUAUCCGGCACACCGCCUUCGCCGACCGACCGGGUUGGGCUCCACGCCCGCGCUGUGCGGCUCUCGGCGGCGCGAAACAUUGCCCAUCUGACAUGCAUUCAUCGCUCGUGCUGGGGCGUGGAGCGGAUGCCGGUCAGCAAUAGCUCCUGUCUGUUGGGGGCUCUUCUCGCUCUGUUGGAUGGGCUAGACGAGCCCGACAACCGAGAGGCGUUUAUCACCCUUUCCGUUGCCGCCAAAUCUUUAACACGACGGUGGGACGGUGGGAGGAAUCUGCUCGGGAUCGUGCGCAGCACAGCCCAGGCUCAAGGGGUGAUCUUGCCCGUGGAGACCGCCUCUCUCUUUACAACUUUUCUGUUACCACUAGCCACCACCCCAAUGUCGGGAGUCGACGAAUCCCCCGAUGGGGCGGAGGAAAGCAGUCCCGCCGGAUGAGGUGGCCUGAAACCCUCCUUUGCCCAUGCACAAUUUGAUACCCGAGAGGAUCUAAUGAUCCCUCCUCGACGGGCCAGCGAGCCCUAAACCGACCGGCCUGUGUGCCGGUCUACGACUGAAUCUUGAGUCUUGCCAUUAGUUGGACCUGGACUGUAGCGACUAGUAGCCGGUCGCUCUUCAGGAUUCGACCCCAGCUACUUGCGAGCUCCCGAUUCAGCAGUUGUCUCAUGUGUCUCUGAAUCACUGCCAUUUUAAAUUAGCUAUUAGACUAUCAUUAACACCUUAUAAUCAUAACUCAUUAUACAUCAUGUCCGCCCGGAU